AUGAUGAGGCCUUGGGCUGCAGCCUUAAAGAGAUCCGAAUGGCAGCAGAAGUGGGACUGGUCUCUGUGGGCACUACAAGCACUGGCACGGCAAGACGAACUCACUCAAGAAGAUUGCACUGCUGGCGUGAAGGCAUGCGGAAAGGCCUUGCGUUGGAAGUGGGCAUUGCAGCUCCUUUCGUGGUCGCGCAAGUUUUCCAUCCGGCAUCCUUGGAAUCCUGCCAUCUCGGCAUGCGCCUUGGUGACGGAAUGGGAGCGUGCUUUGCUUCUUCUUCGCAGCAUGCGCCAUCGCGGGCCGAAGCCAUCCGCAAGGAGCUACUCUGCAGCCCUGGAUGCCUUAGCUCGCGGGGCUGAAUGGGCAAGGGGCCUCCAGCUCCUGUCGGAGAUGAACCGCCGAGUUGCACCGGACCUCGUCGCGGUCACCUCCGUCAUCGUGGCCUGUGGGGCGGCCACGCGUUGGACCGUAGCGCUCCAGCUCUUUGAGAGAGCGAGCGCCGAGUUCCACGGAGGUGAUGUGGUGCUGCUUGGGGCCACUGCGGCGGCUUGUGGUCGCGGCCAUCAGUGGCAGGCAUCACUGGCAUUUCUUGCGUGUGGCUCUGCAGCUAGACUGCUGAAUGCAACGCUAUUCGGAGCUUGUUUAGCCGCCUGCGCGAAUUCGUCAGUGUGGGUGCAGGCAGCUGACCUGCUGCAGGGGAUGAGCAGGACAGCCAUAGCACCUGGAGAAGCAGGACUAGCAUCUGCAGCCAGUGCAUUUUCAUCCGCGGAGCUUUGGCAGCAGGCUCUCGAUGUGCUUUCAAGAGCAGAGCCACAGACAGGUGCAUGGUGGGGAACAGCAAUUGCUGCCGCUGCUCGUGGUUUUCAAUGGGAGCAGGCAUUGGAGCUUUAUGCCAGGAUGCAGGAACGCAGCAUCUCUCCCAACGAGGCUUGCAGCAGUGCCGUCCAGACGGCGUGCGUUCGAGCUUCCCGAUGGGAGGUGAGCUUGGUGUUGAGCUUCGCCAGAAGUGAAGGCUCAGGCUUGGGUUCGGCGAUCCCUUUUGGAUGUCUCGGUCCGGUGUUGGCUGCGUGUCAACACGGUGCCCUCUGGAGCGAAGCCUUGCACUAUCUACGUCAGGCGCAGCUAGCCGGAAUCAGUGGUGUCGUCAUGCGAGCCUCGGCCAUGGCAGCUUGCGCCGAGGCCUCCAAGUGGCGCUGGGCGCUUCGCUUGCUGCCAGCUCUCACUUCCAGAGACGCUGCGCCUAACGCAAUUUGCUUCGGUGCGGCACUCCAUGCCUGCCGUUUGGGACGCCAGUGGGCUGCAUCUUUAUGGAUGCUUUGGAACGAGAUGCCAAGAUGUUCUGUUGAACCAGACUGGGUGGCCUUCUGCGCAGCACUGGUGGCAUCAGAGCGAAGCCACAAGGGCGCUGAGGUACUACACCUGGUGCAGCAGCUUCGCAAAGGUGCAGUCGGCCUCGUGCCGCGACUUCAAAGUUCCAGGCUUGGCGAGCGACUUGCUGCAGCUUCUUUGUUGGAUCAGCAUAGUCGGCUCAGCUCAAGCUACAGUCGUCAGAUCUGGCGAAUGUGUGGCAUCAUGCUCAAAUUGUCAGCACAUGCCGCAGACGGGAACAGUCGGUCCAGUGCCGUGUUUCACACAGCAGGCCUGGGUGGACCUCAGCUCACACGGACCAUGCUGCUGACUUGGAGCCAGCGGGCGAUCAGUUUUGACGGGGACUACUUCAACGAUGUCUACAAGUAUGACAUUGCAACUAGCAUGUGGGGGUCUGUACACACUCUGGGAGAAGCCCCCACGAAGAGAACAGACCACAGUGUCGUUCUUUUUCGAGACUCGCUUCUUGUUUUUGGCGGAUUUGAUGGACAUAACAGGUUCAAUGACCUCAGAGAACUGCAUCUGAAAGAUAAGCGCUGGAGUCAAGUCAGUGUGCGAAGUCAAGUACCCCGCAAUCGUUUCGGGCACACAGCCGUGAUAUACGCCCACUCCAUGUACAUCUUUGGGGGCUGGGACGGUCAUGACACGUUGCAGGAGUUGUUUGAGUACAAUAUCUCCUCCAACAUGUGGAUCCAGUUGCCCCUGCGUGGUACAGCACCUCGUGCGCGGUAUCGUCACACAGCGGUCGUGUGUGGUGAUGCGAUGUUCACGUUUGGUGGCGUCGACAAGACGCAGUACCGUUUUCCAGACUUGCACGAGUAUAACUUUACGCAUCGGCAUUGGUUGAAGGUCGCUACGAUGUCUGUGCAGCCAUCGGCACGAACUUUCCACAAGACUGUGGUUCACGAGGGAUACAUGUACAUCCUGGGUGGCUUUGACGGACGUCGAUUGAAUGACAUGUAUCGUAUUUUGCUUCGGACGAAAUCCGAGCUACAACGUUGUCAGAAACAACUCGCUGAGCAGGCAGCAAGCAGUCCACCUGUCCCGACCAGUUCUACACGUCCAGAAGAUGUUCCUGGAAGCACUGGGGCCGUUGGUGAUGCUCAGGAUGCUGCUCAAACUUUGAUGCCAGAGGACCUGUGGUGUUGGACCCGAAUUGAUGACCAGCUUGGCCAGGUGUACACCCCGCGAACCGGUCACGCGGUGGUCGUGUGGAAUCACUGCUUCUACUUGAUGGGAGGCGCAACUGCUCAAAGGAUAGCCUCCCAGCUUUGGCGACACCGCUCUGUUCCGGAAAGGGCCUUCUCUUCCAUUCCGCCCGGCUUGCUGCGCUUGGGCUUGGCGCCUUCGCUUCUCGAUGAAGCUCAUUCUGUUGCCUUCGAGGCUGGUCCGUCGCAAGCGCUUGCUCACCUGACCGGCCUGGAGGCACUCGAGCCGGACCAAGCGCAGCAACAGGUGACAAAGCAGCUGGAUGUUGUGUGGAGCUCAACGCGGGCGUACUCCAAGGCAUACGACCUGUGGAAGCAAUCACACAUGGAGUGGGAGGCCGAAUGCGCUCGCAGAGUAGCUGCGCACGAGCAGCGGCGGCAGCUGGAGCAGAACCAGAGCCACGACCGAAAGAAUGAGAAGUCUGACUUCCCCGAGGCUCCUUUGGUCCUUCCUGCAGAGCCAACAAAGCCAUCGUUACGAAGCAGAGGCUGCUACAUUUGGGGGCAGGUUGGCCGUGGCAAGACUCUUCUCAUGGACGUCUUCGCAUUGUCCCUCCAGCCCACAAAGAACUUGGUCGGGAUGGGCACCUUGCCGUCAAAGGCGCAGCUCCGGCGAGUUCAUUUUCACGAGUUCAUACAUGACCUGCACCGCCAGCUCCAUCGCUCAGGGGGCCAAUCUGGGUUAGCCGCUGCAGUCGAUGUCGUCAUGUGUGGUCAGCCGCCUGUGCUCUGUUUCGAUGAGUUUCAAAUCACUACAAUCGCAGAUGCAUCGCUCUUGACGCCGCUGUUCAGUGACCUAUUGACACGCGAGGUCGCUGUGGUCAUAACCUCCAACCGAUCUCCAAACGAGUUGUACAAGGGAGGGAUCGGUCGAGAUGCUCACCUACCCGCUUUUGAAUCCCUGCUGCAAUCGGCUUUGGAGGUCCGUCACCUGGAUGCUGACACAGACUACCGUGUCAGGGCGGCCAGCGAUAUUUCGACAGACCAAUCCGACUACAUCUUGGGUGCAGGAGCCAACGAGCGUUUGGAGGCUGCUUUUCGAGUUGCUUGUGAGGAGCAAGCAGUGCGCCCCAUGCUCUUGCGGAUUGCUUGGGGACGCUCCAUGUUGUGCCAGCAUGUUGCCAAUGGCGUCGCCAAGUUCACCUUCGAAGAACUUUGUGGAAACCCUUUGAGCUCGGAGGACUAUUUGGCACUGAUCCGAAGUGCAGGCAUUCACACGUUCGUGGUCUCUGGUGUCCCUCAGUUCGGAUUGAACCUGCACAACGAGGCACGUCGCUUCACAAACUUCGUGGAUGCUCUGUACGAGCAGCAGUGCCGCCUGAUCUGUUCCGCUGACUCGUCCAUCGAUGAUCUCUUGACAGGAAUCGACGGCUUAUGCUCUGCAGAAGUGGAGUCAGACCAGCCGGCCAUGGGUAUUGGAGGCACAGAAAACUCACUGCGAUGGCAUCGGCACGGCGACAUCUCCUUUCAUUCUUCCGAAUUGUCUCCGUGCAGGCCCGACACCUUCGCAACGGCAGAGGCGGACGCAGAGGCUGGCACAUCACUUCGCUUGUCGGGCUACGAGCAGGAUAGUGUCGCUGGUGUGAUGGCUGCUGCAGUUGACAGCCUUCGCACAGACCCCCAGUGGCAGAAGGGGUUGCGAGACGUGCUGCCAUUGCUCGGUGCACUUCACGGCUUCACGUGUCGACCCGAGUCGCUCCUGCGCACUGAUGAAAAUGCCCGGCAGAACGACAUUUACCGGUACGAUGUUCGUCACAAGACAUGGGCUUGCAUCGACCCUGUGACUGGCAGUCCGCCUUCGGCGCGAUCUGGAUCCAAGGCUGUGGUAUGCCGAGACAGCAUUUUCUUCUUCGGUGGCUACACCAAGAAGGAUGGAGACUAUUUCAACGACCUCUUCGAGUUCAACAUUCCCAAAGCUCACUGGACCCGCGUUGAUGCAGCACAAAAGCCAUCAGUGCGAACAGAUCAUUCCUGCGUGGUGUUCGAGGCAAGUCUGUACAUUUUCGGUGGCUUUGACGGACGUACUCGUUUUCAGGAUCUGCAUCUCUUUAACACGGAAGAAAGGGAAUGGAUGCAGGUAACGGACACCGACAAUGUGCCGGUUGGCCGCUUCGGACACUCAGCCGUCGUGUACCAGUCUGGCAUGUUUGUGUUCGGCGGGUGGGAUGGCCAUGACACACUGGAUGACCUGUACGAGUUUUCCAUCACUACGAACCAAUGGUAUGCUGUUCCUGGACGAGGCGAUGUUCCUCCGUCUCGCUAUCGUCAUAGCGCGGUGGUCCACGGCUGUUGCAUGUUCGUUUUCGGUGGGGUGGACAAACGCCAGGCACGCUUCUCCGACUUGUGCGAGUUCAGUUUUGACACUCGGUCAUGGUCUCGGGUGAAGACUUCGGGUGAUCCACCAUCUGCGAGAACCUUCCAUCGGGCCUGCAUGUAUGGAGGCUGUAUGUACAUCCUUGGAGGGUUCGAUGGCACGCGACGGAACGACAUGUACAAGAUUGCCCUCCCCGAACAGCUGCCGCGUGAUGAGAAACGGAGGCGGCGCUUGCAGGGAACCGGUGAAGGUGAUGCAGAGGCCGCCGCGGAGCCAGAAAUUGGAGAGGUGGAAGGUCCCCAGCCAGAGAACAUCAAGGAAGUGACCAGGCUCCGGCUGCAGGUUCUGGAACUUCAGAAGCGCCUUGAAGCCGAGCAAGAACGCCAUCUUUGCAAAAUUUGUUACGAGCGCGAGAUCAACACGGUCAUCCUAGAUUGCCAGCACCGAGCCGUGUGUUCGAGAUGCCUCGACCAGGUGAAUAGCUGCCCUUUGUGUCGGGCGUCCAUCAGUUCGACCGUCAUCACGUACAAUGCCUAG